AUGUCUGUGAUCACACUGUUCUUCCGCGGGCUGAGAUCCCAGGACAGUCACCCGGAGAAGAGGCCGCCGCCGGUCCCCCCACUGCACGAUGACGAUGAGGACGACAGCGAACCACGCAUAGAGUUCAGCCGUGGUGCAGACCUCCGCAAGUCCUGGGUCCGGAAGUCCAUUAGGAAGAAGAAGCAGCCGCUGUCCGAGCUUCAGCAGCCCUCAGAAUUUUACCAGCGAUUGGACCACAGUCCCUGCAGACCAGGCUCCUCAACUAGCAACGGUUUACCCACAAAGUCUCCCCUGCGGCCGCGCCGCAUGCAGCCUCCUCCGUUGCCUGGUGACAGCAGACACAGAGUGGGUGGAAAAGAGCCGCUCCAGAGCCCAGACCAUCAGCAGACCAUCGCCUACCGCACACACUGCUUCAACAACCCCACCAGCAGCAGCGAGACGCCACACAGAAGCAGCCUCGAGACCCCCACAUCCCCCCUGAACCCGAUCAGCCCCAUCCAGGGGUCCCACCGACGAGAAGACAUGAGAGGCAGCUAUAACAACAACAGGUUGCAGAGCAAUGGCGAGAGCAACACACUGGGUCUCAGCAUUAUCAAAAACAUUGCGUUCUUGUACCAGGAGUACCGCGACAGCUCCAAGCAGCAGGAGAUCGAGCAGAGGCGCCAGGCCGAGUCUCUGUCCCCAUGUGAGGUGAGGCGUGGGGGGACCGACUCCAGCACGGUGACCCCUCCUCCGGCUCUUCAGCUGCAGCUGCGCAACACCACCCAGUCCCUCAGUUUGUGGCAAAACCUGGAGGUGGUGCAGAACAGCGGCCUCCUCGACAAACUGCCCCAGAAAGAAGUCAUCAUGCAGGAGGCCAUGUUUGAGCUCGUCACCUCUGAAGCGUCGUACUACAAAAGUCUGGAGAUUUUAGAAACUCACUUCCUGAGAAAACCCGCCCUCAUCAACACUCUGAGCCAAUCAGACAUGCACUUCCUGUUCUCCAACAUCGAGGGCGUCAUGAAGGCCAGCGAACGGUUCUUGAUGGACCUGGAGCACCGUAUCGAGGAGAACCUCCUGAUCUCAGACGUGUGUGACAUUGUUUAUUCUCACGCCGCGGAGCAUUUCAACGUCUUCAUCACCUACGUCAUCAACCAGAACUACCAGGAGAAAAACUACAGGCGCAUACUAGAGGGCAACCAGGCGUUUCGAGAAGUUAUGGAGAGUUUGGAGAAACAUCCCAGAGUGCGAGGCCUCUCCUUCACUUCAUUUUUGAUUCUUCCUUUUCAGAGGAUCACCAGACUCAAGCUCCUCGUACAGAAUAUCCUCAAAAAGGUGGAGGAAGGCUCCGAGCGAGAGGCCAACGCUAUCAAGGCACAUCAGCGGCUGGAGCAGAUUGUGAAAGAGUGCAAUGAAGGCGUGCGCAAAAUGGGCCGCACUGAAGAGCUCAUCAGCAUCGAGAAAACACUGGAGUUUAAAUCAAAGUCCAUUCCCAUCAUCUCUCACUCACGCUGGCUCCUGAAGAAAGGAGAGGUGCAGCUCAUGUCGGGCCCUAAAAGCACCAGAACCACAAAGGGCAAGAAACUCUACCAGCCGGUUUACCUCUUCCUCUUCAACAACCUGCUGCUCAUCACCAAACGCAGCUCCAGUGGAGACAAGUUCCAGGUGCUUGACUCCUGCACCAGAGCCAUGUUGAGGACCGAAGACCUCGAAGACCAGGGCCAGCUCUUGGCAAACGUCUUCAACCUCAAACUGCUGGAAAACCAAGAGGAGCGGACGGCAAACUACAUGAUCAAGACCACCAGUAUGAGCGACAAACUGCGAUGGACGUGCACUCUGACCCCUAGUCGCCGCACGCGUUUUAUGUCGACAAAUGCUCAACAAUCAGACUCCCCUCAGGUCCAGUGCAUCCAGUCGUACUCCUCCCAAGAGCCAGACGAACUGUCCAUAGAAAUGGCCGACGUGUUGAAUCUGCUGGAGCGGACGGACGAUGGCUGGAUGAUGGGCGAGCGGCUUCACGACAGCGAGAGGGGCUGGUUCCCGAGUCGCGUUGUGGAGGAGAUCCAGAGCAAAGAGGUGCGGAUCCAAAACCUGCGCGAGGCCUUAAGGAUCCAUCAGGCCCAGGAGGGAGUGGGCCUCCCCCAGCCAGGAGCCAGGACUGGGCCUCGGGCCGCUCGCCGCACCCCCAACAAGAACUUCUCCAACAAGUGGAGCGAUCAGUAA